CCAACCCUCUCUCCUCAUGAAAUCGAGCCAGCACCAGCCACGCCAACAGCCUGCCACCCGUGUCAUCCCUGCAUGCGCGAAGCAGGUGAGACUGGACAGGAGCAGCCAGCCCCAUGACGCCCUCUUAAGACGAGGACGAGGAGGAGGCGGUGGACCAGUUCGUUCGCGUUGCCCGCGACUCUCUCCGUCCUCCUACUGCCCACCCGACUCACACGCUUGGCACGCGCGUGCUUCCACCCGUCCGUCGCCUCUCUCUCGGCUGCCUGAUUGAUUUGGUUGCCCCGGUUCCAGCAAUGGCGGUCCAGGCGCAUUAUCACCACCACUACCACCGCGAGUCCCCUUUCCUCGUCAGCGGCGCGCCGGAGGGCAGCCGGUUGGCGGCGGCGAUGGAGCUGCAUCAUCAGGCGCAGAAGGAGGCUAUGGCGCCGCAGCAGGCUCAGGCUCCGCCCCUCUUCUUGGACUUCUCGCAUGGAGAUUACGGCGGCGGGAGGAAGCGGCAGCGCGAGGCGGAGCCCAUGUCGUCGCAGUUCUUCUCUCUGCAGCAGCAACCGCAGGCGCAGGGGCCCAAGGUGAUCAACCUGGCGCAACUUCAGAAGCGGACGGCGAUGGGCCUCCGGCUCGACUUCGACGAGGGCUCGGAGCACGUGUCGUGCACGUCCCCGGCCUCGGCCUCGGCCUCAUGUCUCCUCUCUAAAGAGCUCGCCGCGCAGCGCGAUCAGCACAGGAACGAGAUGGACCGGCUGAUCCAGGAACAUGCGGACAGGCUCCGGCGCGCGCUGGCCGACACUCGGCGGCGGCACUACCGUUCGCUGGUCGGCGCGGCGGAGGCGGCGGCUGCUCAACGGGUAAGGGAGAAGGAGGCGGAGGCGUCGGAGGCCGCGCGGCGCCGCGCGGACCUGGAGGACCGGGUGGCGCGGCUGAGGGCGGAGGCGGCGGCGUGGCAGGCCAAGGACGCAGCGGAUCAGUCCACAGCCGCGGCGCUCCACGCGCAGCUGCAGAAGGCGGCGGCGGCGCAGGCGAGGGGCAAGGCCGAGGAGGAGGACAACGUGGGCGCCGCGGCGGACGACGCCGGGUCCUGCUUCGUCGACCCGGACAGGGUCGUGGAGGUCGCCCCGCCGCGCCCGCUGGCCAGGCCGUGCCGGACGUGCGGGCAGCGUUCGGCCUCCGUCGUGCUGCUCCCGUGCCGCCACCUCUGCGUCUGCGCCGAGUGCGAGCCCGCCGUCCCCGCUGCCGGCGCCGUCGCGGCUGCCUGCCCCAUGUGCCGUGGCGCGGUGACCGGCACCGUGCAAGUGUUCUUCUCCUAGCAAGCUUUAGGAAAGGGGAAAAUGCUAAAAGAAAAAGCAAGACAAAAUCGUUGCUCCUGCCAAAAGGAAUGAUCCGUGAAAAUGGGGAAUUGUUCAUGAUAGUCCGUUCUCUGCUUCUUUUUUUUUUCUCUCCCUCUCUCAGUUGUUUAUUAUAAUCCUUCUAUUAGUAUAUAAGUCGAUCUCUUCUAGUACUGCUAGGAAUAGGAUUAGGUUCCUGCUUUAUUUUCCCUUGGUUUCUUCUGGAAGGCAUAUGAUCGACCAUGGACCCCAGUACGUACAUUUUGGAAGGCAAUGAAUGAUUGUGCAAAAUUU